CGCGGGCGGCUCGGAAACCCCAGCGGACCGCUGCGAGGGGCGCGUGGAGCCGUGGGGACACGAAGUCGGGCGACAGGAGGGGCGGCCCGGAGCUCAGGCGGGGCACAGCGCCGGCAGGCGGGCGGCCGGCCGGGCUGCCCGGCGCGGGUGUCCCGGCGAUGUGUGGUGCUGAAGCGGCAGCGGGAGCAGCAGCAGCGGCGGCGUCGGGCUCGGCCUCGGCUUCGCGGCGGUGCCGCCGGCGGAGGCGGAGGCGCAGGAUCCCCCUCAGGACCUGGCGAACCCAGACCUAAGCGGCGGCCCCGCGAGGCCCCGACACAGCGCCCCUGAUCGGGGCCUUCCCCGCCUCGCCCUGCCCCGGGAGCCUGCCUCCCCGGCCGGGGAUGAGGCCGGGAGGCGGCCGCGCGGGGCCCAGCACAAAGACUUGUUCCCGGGGGCCGCUGCUGCCGCCGCCGCCAGCCUAAAGCCGCCUGCCGAAGCCGAGCCGGCGCCGGGGCCCUCGUCCCCUCAGGUCCCUGGGGGCGGCUGCUGCCCGUCUCCCCGAGACCCAGGGCCCCGAGCGCUGAGCCCCUUGUUCCCCCGGCUGCGGUGGGAUCGGGCAGCUGCGCAGCCUCCGCUGCUCCCGGCCUUGCGGGCUCCGCGGAGCAUGUCGGAGAGCGAUAUGGAGAAAGCCAUCAAGGAAAGCUCCAUUUUAGAAGAAUACAAUAUCAAUUGGACUCAGAAGCUGGGAGCUGGAAUUAGUGGUCCAGUUAGAGUCUGUGUGAAGAAAUCAACCCAAGAACGGUUUGCACUGAAAAUUCUUUUUGAUCGUCCAAAAGCCAGAAAUGAGGUACGUCUGCACAUGAUGUGUGCCACACACCCAAAUAUAGUUCAAAUUAUUGAAGUGUUUGCUAACAGUGUACAGUUUCCUCAUGAGUCCAGCCCCAGGGCUCGGCUCUUAAUUGUAAUGGAGAUGAUGGAAGGGGGAGAGCUAUUUCACAGAAUCAGCCAGCACCGGCACUUUACAGAGAAGCAAGCCAGCCAAGUAACAAAGCAGAUAGCUUUGGCUCUACAGCACUGUCACUUGUUGAACAUCGCCCACAGAGACCUCAAGCCUGAAAAUCUGCUCUUCAAGGAUAACUCUUUGGAUGCCCCAGUGAAGUUAUGUGACUUUGGAUUUGCCAAAAUUGACCAAGGUGACUUGAUGACGCCUCAGUUCACCCCAUAUUAUGUAGCACCUCAGGUACUGGAAGCCCAGAGAAGGCAUCAGAAGGAGAAAUCUGGCAUCAUACCUACCUCGCCAACACCCUACACUUAUAACAAGAGCUGUGACUUGUGGUCCCUAGGGGUGAUUAUCUAUGUGAUGUUGUGUGGAUACCCUCCUUUUUACUCCAAACACCAUAGCCGGACUAUCCCAAAGGAUAUGCGGAGAAAAAUCAUGACAGGCAGUUUUGAGUUCCCAGAGGAAGAGUGGAGCCAGAUCUCAGAGAUGGCCAAAGAUGUUGUGAGAAAGCUCUUGAAGGUCAAACCGGAGGAAAGACUUACCAUCGAGGGAGUGCUGGACCACCCCUGGCUCAACUCAACUGAGGCCCUGGAUAAUGUGCUACCCUCUGCUCAACUGAUGAUGGAUAAGGCGGUGGUUGCAGGGAUCCAGCAGGCCCACGCAGAACAGUUGGCCAACAUGCGGAUCCAGGAACUAAAAGUCAGCCUCAAACCUCUGCACUCUGUGAACAACCCCAUUCUAAGGAAGAGGAAAUUACUUGGCACCAAAGCAAAAGACGGUGUUUACAUCCAUGACCGCGAGAAUGGAGCCGAGGAUUCCAAUGUUGCCUUGGAAAAGCUCCGCGACGUGAUUGCUCAGUGUAUCCUCCCCCAGGCUGGUAAAGGAGAGAAUGAAGAUGAAAAGCUGAAUGAAGUAGUGCAGGAAGCUUGGAAGUAUAACCGGGAAUGCAAACUCCUCAGAGAUACUCUGCAAAGCUUCAGCUGGAAUGGUCGUGGAUUCACCGAUAAAGUAGAUCGAUUAAAACUGGCUGAAAUUGUGAAGCAAGUGAUAGAAGAGCAAACCACUUCCCACGAAUCCCAAUAAUGACAGCUUCAGACUUUUUUAAAAAAUUUUUUGAAAAUUUAUUCAUUAAUGUAUAAUUUUUAUGUAAAUUAAUAAAUCAUAAUUUCAUUUCCA